AUGGUCUCUCUCACCUCCAUCGUCACCACUUUCCUCGCCGUUACUGGUGCCGUAGUUGCCAAGCCAACACCAAAGCUCGCUGAGCAACCGGUUGUGACCUAUCUUGGUACCCAAGGACCCAUUCUCUCGAGCGGUGCAUGGACAUCAAAGGGCAUAGUCUACACCUCUGGAACCGUCCCUUCGUUCAAUGGAUCGAUUGUAGCAGGCGGCAUUGAGGCUCAAACAGCCCAAGUCAUCAAGAACAUUGCAGUUAUCCUCGAAGAAGCCGGCACGUCAUGGGACUACGUUAUGAAGACCACUGUCUUCCUGGCGAACAUGUCGGACUACAGCGCGAUGAAUGAGGUGUAUGCUGCCAUGCUGCCCACUCCCAAGCCAGCCCGCACGGCUGUUGAGGUUGGCAAGCUACCGGGUAACUUCUUAAUUGAGGUUGAGGCUAUUGCUGCCAUCCCGGACUCAUGA